GCGGGGGGUGGGACGUCGGCGGCCCAGCACCCGGACAACCCCGCCCCUGGCCCACGUCGCCAGUCUCGGGUCGGGUUGGGCCGGGCCGGGGGUGUACGGUGAUGGGCAGCGGGUUGGAGUUGGCACUUAUGGUCGCGCUAUUGCUCGGGGUGGCGGGGAAGGCGCCGCCGGUGCCGCUGGACGAUGUGGUGGUGGAGAAGCGGUUCGAGCCGCGAGAGUGCGUGCGGGCGGCGGAGCCCGGGGAUUUCGUCCGCUACCACUACCUGGGCACCCUGGCCGGGGGCCGGCGCUUCGACUCCAGCUACGAUCGAAGUUCCACUCACAAUGUGUUUGUGGGCAAAGGCCGACUGAUUGCUGGGAUGGACAAAGCUCUGAUCGGGAUGUGUGUGAAUGAAAGACGCUUCAUCAAAGUGCCGCCUCACCUGGCCUAUGGCAGUGAAGGACUGUCUGAUAUGAUCCCACCUGAUGCCACCUUGUUCUUUGAUGUGUUGAUGCUUGAUAUCUGGAACCCUGAAGAUAAAGUGAAGAUCGAUGUUCACUAUAAGCCAGAGAACUGCAGCCGCAUUGUGCAGGUGUCUGACUUUGUUCGUUACCACUACAAUGGAACCCUCCUCGAUGGCACCCUCUUUGACUCCAGCCACACUCGCCAGCGGACCUUUGACACCUACAUUGGAAUUGGUUGGCUGAUACCAGGCAUGGAUGAAGGGUUAUUGGGCAUGUGCAUAGGGGAGAGAAGGACGAUCACCGUUCCCCCUUUCCUGGGCUAUGGAGAUCGAGGAGAUGGAAAAGAUAUUCCCUCACAAGCUACCCUGGUCUUUCAUGUGUCUUUGAUCGAUUUCCAUAAUCCUAAAGACAGUGUAGCCAUUGAGCAGGAAUUUGUGCCCGAUCCCUGUCCCAGGAAGACUAAAGCGGGAGACUUUGUGAGAUAUCACUACAAUGGCACACUUAUGGAUGGCACUUUGUUUGAUUCUAGCCAUUCCCGGAAUCAUACUUACGACACCUACAUAGGAAUGGGCCAGGUGAUUGCUGGGAUGGAAGAAGGACUGCUGGGUGUAUGUGUUGGAGAGCGGAGGACCAUAGUAAUCCCUCCACACCUGGGAUAUGGUGAAGAAGGUGUAAGUGAAAGCAUCCCUGGUUCUGCUGUCCUUGUCUUUCACAUCCAUUUGAUUGAUGCCCACAACCCAUCCGAUAAAAUCGAGAUCAAAACCUACCACAAGCCCAGUAACUGCACUGCCCGAAGCAAGAAAGGGGAUUACAUCAAGUAUCACUUCAACGCAACACUAAUGGAUGGGACACAAUUAGAUUCCACUCACAACUAUGGAAGAACAUACAACAUUGUCCUGGGAUCUGGUCAAGUGGUCAUUGGGAUGGACAUGGGUCUCACAGACAUGUGUGUUGAAGAGAGACGGACUAUCAUAAUUCCACCUCACCUGGGCUACGGAGAGAGAGGGGUUGCAGGAGAGGUUCCCGGCAGUGCAGUACUUAUCUUUGAUGUGGAACUGGUAGAACUGGUCGCCGGUCUCCCGGAGGGGUACAUGUUCGUUUGGAACGAAGAGGUGUCACCGGACAUCUUCCAGGAGAUAGACGUGGACAAAAACAAGGAAAUCAGUCUGGAGGAGUUUUCCAAAUAUAUCCAGGCCCAAGUGGACAGUGGUCAAGGGAAACUGGCCCCUGGCUUUUCUCCAGAUAAGAUCAUUGAGAACAUGUUCUCCAACCAGGACCGGAACAGGGAUGGCAAGAUAACAGCCGACGAAUUCAAGCUGAAGGAUCAGGAGAAUUCCCAACAUGAUGAGCUGUAAAGCCAAGGUUGCACAUCAGUGCUGCUGUUGAGUGGAGAGUAGAGGGUUAACCUUUGGGUUCUUGUCCAUGUUUCUCUUCUACACCAUUAGGGAUAACAGUUAUCUCGAAACAUCGAUUCCCAAUUGCUCAUCCAUGACUGAACACGAUAUGUGUUCACUCAGCUCCUGACAAUAGUUGAUUCACGGGACACAUACUUCUUUUAUAGUGUUUCCUUUCCACAUUUUAUUUUUGUCAGUAUUUGAGGAAAUUCAACUCCUUCCCCUCCCCCAUCCCCUCGUAUAUACACUCCAAAUUUGUAAUUUUUAAUAUCCAAACUUACAUUCAGUAAUAUCAACAUCCAUCUGUCUUACGCACAAGAAAAUUGAAGAAUGUUUUCACAUGCAAAUGGAAUUCCUUCUGACUUUUACAUUCUGUAUUUCUUGAGAAUCACUCACAUUUAACAAAGUUAUAUCUGGGUGACUCAGUUAGACUAGAAUGCUACAAACAAGAGAUGCAAAAGCAUUACCCAGUGCAUUAAUUGUGCUUCAACCUUUUUUUGAAAGGGGAGAGGUCACAUCAGAGCAUAAAAUGAAUGGGGAGUUCAUGAGCUCUUGCUAUGUGUGUGGUAUUUGCUCCAGGUUAUGGGGAUGUAUUCACCAUGACAACAUUUAAUGGAUGGGAACAUCGGUUCACACUUGCUGCAGGGGAACCCCUGGGUUUUAUCAGCAAAUGUCAAAUCAAGAUCUGAGAGGAGAAAUAAAAAGAGAAAAUGUUGGCAAACCUGAGUGGGUCAGGCAGUAUCUGUGGAAAAAGAAAAAGAGUUAAUAAUUUGGGUUGAUUACCUCGAAGGGUCAUCGAUCUGAAACUUUAUAACUCUAUUUCUCUCUCUACAGAUGCUGUCCGACCUGCUGAACAUUUCCAGCAUUUUCUGUUUUCACUUAAGAUUUCUAUCAUCUGCAGUAUUUUGCUUUUGAAGAGGAGACUUCAGUUAGGUUGAAGUUGUGUCUAUUUAUAACAAACUCAAAAUCUGCAAAUAUUUUUAGAUUUUAUUUCUGCUCUGCUCAGGCUCUAGAGAGAAAGGUGAUGCACAUCAAUGGUACAAGGAACAAAAUCCCAAAGCCUUCCUAAGCUAAGUACCAGGGGUGCCUGUUUUUGUCCUGUUAUGGAUAAUUGGUAUCCUGGCUUUGGAACAUGGUUGUGAGGGGAACGUGAGCUGGGACAUGGUGCUGAUUGGACAGCUGCACAGACAACAUGGUCAGCAGAGUCUCUGUUGGUUUCUCACAAACUGUCUUUUAUACCUGGCAAUGUUUUUACUUCUGUGGGACUGGUGUGAAAUAAAAAUGGGGAAAUUAAAGGAAUACCAACUCUGCUACAUAGAUAAAUUUAUGUACAAGUGGUCACUUGACUCAUUGUGACGAUGCUGGCCAAAGAUCUACCCUAGCACGAUCCCACUUUGAGCUCUUGGUCUGGAGCCCUGAAUAUUAGGACACUCCAGGUGCUGCCCAGUACUUUUUUUUAAAAGGAAGAAGAGUUUCUACCUUGCCUAUCAUUUCCAAGUAGUGAGUUCCAUUCGUGACUUCUCCCCACUAACUCCUCAAAAUACCUAAAUAAAAAGUGAUAAAAGUUGCUUCUCUCCCAUAGUUUUAACAAAUUAUCAUAAAUCUAUGCCUCCCAGCUAUUGUCUGCUCUGCUCUAGCCUAAGGUUUCUCCUUGGCCUUCUCCAUUCCAAAAAAACCACAGCUUUUCCAGUCUUUCCCCAUAGCCAAAAUUUACAGCACAGCCAGUUUCACCUGUGGCUUUCCAGUGCUAUCUCCUCCUUCCUGUCAUGUGACCAGAACUGUACACUAUAUUCUACCAUUAGCAAUCUAUUUCUUCAUCUAUUUUGCAUGUAAAAUGAACAGAAUUCUACUUGUUGGAAUUUUGCCCAUUUUUUUGAUCUUUUAAAUUUCCUUUGGUACUCUAUGGCCCUUUGUAUCAUCACAAAGCUUGAAAUGUGGCAUUCUAUCUCAUCAACUGAGUUGUUAACAAAUAUUGGUAGUUAUAGCUCUAAUACAGAAAAUUGGGGAGACCACGAGUCACAUCUGGUCAGUGAGCAUCCGCCUAUUGUUCCUACUUUGUCCCCUACAGCUCAGCCAGUUUCCUGGCCGGGUCAGUAAACUCCACAAGCUUCAAUUUGUGCCAGCUUUUUGACAGUUUAUGUCAAUGACAUCGGUAGAUAGUACACUACUUCUUCAGUCACCUCAAAAAUGAAAGCAGUUUAGGCAUGACCUGCCUAUUCUAAAUCCAUGCUGGCUCUCUGAUCAACUGAAAAUAUGUGUUCAGUCGUGCUUUCCUUAAUUACGCACACCAGUAAUUUCCUGAUGUGGAAUCUAUCUGCUCUAUGAUUCCUUUAAGUCUGCCUCUCAUCUUGCUGAAAUAGCAGAGUUACAUACAUAAUUUUCCACUCUAAAUGAAUGAAUCCUGAACUGGGAGAACUUUGGAAGCGUAAUGAGCAUCUGUUAUACAACUAUCUAAUGUUAAGAUUAUAUACUUUUCUGGAUUCUAACCACUGGAGGAAAUAAUCUCGAUAAUGCAGACACACUAUCAAACUUCUACCAUUUUCAUCACCUCGGCAAUACGAGAAAACUGUGGAACUGGUCUUCAAAAUUAACCCCCCCCCCCCGCCCCCCCAACCGCUAGCCCAAACCUGGGAUCAUUCUGGGCAUUCUAGUGAAUGCACCCUCCAUAGGAGCAGUAUCUCCCCCCCCAGGACACGAAGCUCAGAAGUCAAUUUUUUGACUUGGUCCAAAUGGCUGAAAGAAAACUUCCUUUUCAAAUCCAAAAAUGCACUGAAGUUCUUUUAGACAUUUUUGAUAGCUGUUUGACUUCAAAGCAUUCCAAAGGCAAUCCCUUGAAAGUGUAGAAGGAAUUAUUUAGUGUUUCAGGACACCUAGUGAAGGUGGUUUUGGAUUCAGGAUCACUUGGCACAAUACCCAAUUAGUAACUUAGACUGACUUUCAUUCACUGUGAUAGGUUUCUAUUAAAACCCCAGAUCAUUGAUAUUUUACUGAUCAGCUUCACUUUGAAAUUCAACAGUUAUCUUCACCAGAAUAGUGGAGGAACUUUGCUUUUUGGUGCAAGUUAUAUAUUGGAGUUGUAAAGGUUCUUUUUGUAAGAAAAUUGGUUUUCUGCAGUUAAACUCCAACUUUGUUUCUGUAUUGAAUCUUUGCUUUUGGUAAACACUAAAACAUUUCAUUUGCUUUAAAGGUUCAAAUGAUCAGCUAAACCCAUCAUUUGCCUGCUCACAUUCAAACAACCAAUAACAUCAGCGUGUUCAGGUGUGGGGAGAAACAGAACCCAUGUUGUAUUGUGCUUUGAAGCCUGGCAUGGGAUACAUUUCCAUUUCUGCAAACUGGCUGAACAUUAAGUUCACCUUUGUUUUAUCUGUGGUGUUAUUUUCAUUAAAUAUUUGGGAUUUUGUAAAUUAUGGCAUUUCAUAUGUUCAAAGAAUGGCUUACUCACGGUUUACAUUCUGAGUUUAUUCAUUGAACAGUACUUCUGUUGGGAGGACAUAUUCCUUACAGCUGGAGGCAUCAUACAGAGGCAGUAUGUGUGACUGGGUAGGGAAGGUAUCUUCACUCUGGUAUGAGACUUUUUAAAUUAAGACGCAGAGCUUAAGUGUGUAGAUUCCAUCUGCCAAGAUUACUCAGCACCUUCUUAACCAGAGAUUCUGGGCUCCAACCAUUGACCUAUCCUAGUAAUCAACACAGAUCAACCUUAGGAGAGUAAUGUUUGAUCCUGCAUGAUACAGCAGGAGGGACUCAGUGGAGGUGUCAAUACAAGCCCUGACUCUGGGCAAGCUAGUGAAGGAGUCAAAUUUAAGUUUGGUCAGUGUCACAGUCUGGUGCCCCUGUAACUCAGAGGCAAAGAAUCACUAAAUGUUAAAAUUCAGGUACAGCAAACAUUUACAAAGGCAAAUGGCAAUGUCAGCCUUUAUUGUAUGAAGAUUUGAGUUAAAGUGUAAAGACAUUUUAGUGGUAAGACAUCUAGAAUAUGGUGUACAUAUCUGGUCUCCUUGCCUGCUGAAUCACCAGUGCAGAGACAGACCAACUGUUGGUGAAAGGGAUUAGUAUAGAUGGGUGGUGUGCACAGGGUGGGCUCAUGGGCCCAGAUCCAUGCUAUAAGAUCAUUCUAUAUCUAAAACUGAGGAAAUGCAAAGUUUUGCAGUUUAAUUCAUGGGAUAUGGGCAAGGGGAACCAUCCUAAGAGGAGAAAAUAAACAGGCUAGGCCUCGCUGGAGUUUUGAAGAAUGUGCAGUGAUCUCAUUGAAGCAUGCAAACUUCUUAUUGGGCAUGACAGGGAUGAGAUUUCACUUGGCUGGGAUGUCUAAAAUCAGAGAUCAUGGUCUCAAAAUUCAGGCUCAGCCAUACAGAGCUGAGAUAACAAGAAAUGUCUUCCUCCAGAGGCUGGCAACCUUUGGAAUUCCCAAUCCAAGGAGAAUGCAGAAGCUCAGUUGCUGAAUGCAUUGAAGACCAAGAUUAAUAUCCAAAAAUCUAUCAAGGUUUUAGGGUUAGGAAAGUGUUUGAGGUAAAACAUCAGCCAUGAUCUCACCAAACAGCAGAGCAGGCAUUUGAUACUUAUGUUCUGCAGAGCUUUAGAGAACCAGACUCUUAUUAAAAAGAACCAUCCAGCGAGUUUAUGAACACUGUUACUGACCCAGGUAAUUUAACUGAAUUUAAACUCUACAGCUGCUGUAGUGGGACGAGAACUCUUGUCUCUGGAUUGCCAAUCACUGCACUACCACCAUACCUCACAGAUGUCAACCUAAUGCCUUCUAUAGAUACUACACCAGCUGCUCUCACACCCACUGUAUCUACAUAUAAGAUUUACUUGUAUUUAUAGAAUGUUAUUGAUGUGGUAAAAUGAGAAACUUUAAAAUUCAGAAGGACUCAAAUUCAGUGUGGCUCCUAUGGUUACAAAUGUAUGGACUCGCAUUCCAAAUCCCCUUAUAAAGUUCAGAUGAUUGCUUCCAUUCAAGAGAUCAAAAGGAAUUUUACUUUCAACUUCAAAGUGAAUCACAACAUAAGUGGAUCAGAUGUCUGAUGGGAAAAUUAAAAUCAUGGCAUUUUCACAGCUGGAGCUUUUAUAGUAAGCUAAUUGGAUCAGGUCACCCAACUGAGCAGCACUUGUAAAUGUAGUUGAUGUAUAUUAUAGCAAUGUACAAAUGACCAAAUAAUCUUACCAACUUGGUUGCUGGAUAAAUAUUGGCCAGGAUACUGGGAAGAACUUUGAUGCUGCUGUUCAAAAUAGUGCCACAGGACUGUUCACAUCCACUUGAGAGUGGAGACAGGGCUUUAGUUUAAGUGUCGUUCAAAAAAAAAAACAGCAACUUUGACAGCACAGCACUUCCCCAGGGCUGCAGUGAAGUGCCAAGGAAGUUGUUGUAUUGAAGUCCAAAACAAAUUGAUACCAAACCAAAAGAGUCAGAGAGAGACAGCAUGGAAACAGGCCCUUUAACCCAAUGAGGCUGUGCUGACCAUCAACCACCCAUUUUAUGUUAUUUUUAUUCUUCCCAUAUUCUAUAACAUAGAACAGGUCCUUCGGCCCAUGAUGUCUGUGCCAAACAUUAUGCAAAAUUAAACCAAAUCUCUUCUGCCUGUAAAUGAUCCAUAUCCCUCCAUAAUCAUGUGUCUGUCCAACAGCCUUUCAAACGUAUCCGCUUCCACCACUACCCCUCGGAGCCUAUUCCAGGCGUUCUCAUCAGCUUUCCUCAGAUCCUACCACCUGGCUGCGCACUUGGGGCAAUUUACAGUUGCCAAUUAACCAAUAGGUCUGUACGUCUUUGAGAUAUGGGAGGAAACUGGAGCGGCCAAAGAAACCCACACAGUCACAUGGAGAAUGAGCAGACACAACAGAGACAGCACCCUAGGUCAGGACUGAACCUGGGUUUCUGGGGCUGCAAAGAGCACUGCCCACUUUGCUCCUGCUGACACUGUAAUGACAGUGUAGAUGUAUUUACCCUCGUCCCAUUACCUU